UCAUACCUUUUUUUUGGGUGAUUUGAUUUAUUGGGUUUUCCAAUUUGUUACCAAGUUUGGAUAAUUUGCUGGGUUUUAUGCAUUUGUUUCCUCAUUGCAAGUUGUGGACUUGGGAAAUUAUAACAAUUUGCAGUUCUUUUCUAUAUCGAUUGCUUCGUUGGGUGUUAAAAAUUUUUUCCUGGGUGAAAUUAGACUUUGUUACUGUAGGUUCUGGAUAAUCAUAGUUGCUAAUAUAUGUUGGUUCAAUUGGAACUGAUUAGAUCUGUUCUGUUAGCUUUUGUUACUCUAUAAUUUGAUUGCAUCUAAAACUUCAUGCCCGAUCAUGAAGUUUCUAAAAGUUCCGGUACGUAUGAAAAUGGUGUCUGGAAUUAAGGCAACAGGCUGCAAGUCUCUAUUUAUUGCUUAUAUGCUUCUAAUUGCAUUAUCCAUCAGUUGAGGGUUUUUCUACUUCAUUAGUUGAGAAUAAGACCAAACCUUCUUUGUUUUCUUAGAGCUUGCAAUCAUUAGGUUCACAAUUGAAGGGUUUGGUUCAUUGAGUUUCUAUUCUUGCUGAUUCAUGAAGGUUUCUAAUGGGAGUUGGAUCCAUAGUCCAUACCAAUUAACCCGGCUUGCCUCUAGUUAAUUAUAAGGUUGCAUAUUACUAUUGCUCAUAAUUAGGAUUCUUGAUAACAUUUGCAGAUUUGGUAAUCAUAAUUAAGUCUACAUUUGUGCAUCUUUCGUUGGUUGAAGGGUUUGGUUCAUGUUUCUAAUAAAGCUAUAAACUUCGCUACAUGAGGAUGUGAAGCUCCUCGUGCUUGGUUCCCUCAGUUGUUACUGACUUCCUCAAGUCAAUGAGAAAUGUGGGUUCCUGCUCUUCCUAGCAGCAGUAUGUUGUAAUUUGGUGCAAGAGAGCUCUCAAAGUCAGUGGGAAUGGGAGGAAGCGAGAAGCAUUAAUUGAAUUUUCUAUUCUUAGAAAAGAUACUGUAGAGAACAGCCCAGAAAUAUUCAUUAUUUAUUUCAAGAAUGGGAACAAAAAUGCAGUGCAAAAGCUAUUUGCCGGGGUAUUACUCAGUUAGGGAUCUUAAUGAGGAUCCGAACAAUUGUAGCUGGCCCUUAUACUAUGGAGAUAAAACCUUGCCAAACACUCAAUAUUACAAUGGUUUCUUGCCAAGGGCCGCUGUCGAUACUUAUCAAGGGUAUGGUAAAGACAUAGUAAAGGAGACAAUGCUUCAGCAUGAGGCCAUAUUUAAGAAUCAGGUGUAUGAACUUCAUCGCCUGUACAGAAUACAAAGGGACUUGAUGGAUGAAAUCAAAAGAAAAGAACUGCAUAGAAACCAUAUGCCCAUGGAGGCAUCAUUAUCCUCAAGUCCCUUAGCAUCUCAAAUUACUUCUGAACAUACUCGGAAAUGGCCUGAUUCCAGCUUCCCUUUGGUGAACUCGGUUUAUGCGGGACCGUCAAGUUCAGGUGUUGAAGGCAUUCAUUCUCAAUCUAGUGCUAUUAAAGGGAAUGGGCGAAAAAAUGGUCUAUAUCCGUGUCAAAAUGGUAUUAGUUCAAAAGAUGUUGAGGUGUUGGAUUCAAGACCUACAAAAGUGAGGAAAAAAAUGUUUGACCUUCAACUUCCAGCUGAUGUGUACAUAGAUUCUGAAGAAGGGGAAGAGUGCAGUGACGAGAAAGUUUCUUGCAUGCCUAGUUGUCUGUCAACUAAAAAUUGUAAAAUCGCACCUGAGGGUGGUGGGAAGGUCUUUUUGGGUGAUGGCGGAAAGUCUGACUUUGCAGGGGAUGCGUUGAGAUCAGAGAAAUGUCCAAGGGGUGCAAAUGGUUUUGCUGACUUGAAUGAGCCCAUUCAACCUGAAGAAGCAAGUGCUUCAGGAUAUAAUGAUCCUCCGGGCCAUGACUCUUUUCGGGGGAAGAUUCAAGGCCCUGAUCUGCCUGCUAAGUCAAGGUCACAGCUUCUGGGUGAUGGAGCAAAAAAUGGGUGGUUUUCCCAUGUUCUUGAAUCAGGGCCAAAUAAGAGCAACCUCAAAACUGUGUCCCAGUGUCCGCAAACGGAAAGGUUGCCUAUAUCAUCCCAGCCGGUCCAAGCUUCUGUGAACAAUGUUCAUGAACAAAAUUUCUAUUUGACGGAUAAAAGCAAGGUGAAUUUGUGGAGAGAGAGGACAAUUUCUGGUGUUGAGAGUUCCGAAAGAAGUAACGAGUUUUCCAGUAACAAGCACCCGAGUACCUUUGUGGCAUCUAAUGUGCCCAGUCCUUAUCCGAUUCUUCCUUCUUCUGAUUUGGCCAAGUCCUGGACUCACUCGGUUUCUUCUUGGGAAAAGGCAGGCAGUAGCUUAAGCCAGAAGUCAAUGUCAGUUCAAGCUCACCCAUGUUUUAAUUCAUCUGCUACCUUGAGUAAGAGUUCCCAGUCAUCGGUUCAGAGUAAUGGGAUUUUCGGAGACAGGUGGAAUCUCAACAACAAUUCUAGAUCUAACCAAGGUUCAGGAAGUGAAUUGCUGUACCAAAAUGGGUUUCAUCAUGGUUCCUCUUCUGGGUCUAAGGAGCAACUGGUCCGCUUUCCUUCUCUCAACUGUGACUAUCAGAGCAGCAGUAUCAAUCAUAAUGGAGGUUCUGAACACUUGAUGAGUCAUGGUUCAGCAACGUACUACAAGGGUUCAAAUUUCUUGGAUGUGAAGUCUGCAAAGGAAGUAAACUUGAACGUGAUGCUUUCAAACAGUUCAUCUAAUGAAGAAUUACCCCAGCGAGGUCUUAAGAUCAUGGGUGGAGAACAAAAGCAUGAGGACCCUCUUGCAGCCUUGCCAUGGCUAAGAGCUAAGCCUGCUGGUAAGAAUGAGUUUGCCAAUGGUGGCGGAGUUUCUAAGACCAGUGAGCCUAGUAUCUUUCAGUCUUCUGUGAAUAAUUUAUCCAAUAAAAUUGAAGCUGGAAAGGGUUUCAAUCAAAUUUUUACUCAAAGUAUAAAAUCAUUUUCAUGCGGGAAUGAUGUUGAGGCGAGGAGGACUGAACUAGCUGAUAGCCCGAGUAAUAAAAAACUUCUUGGAUUUCCUAUUUUUGAGAAGUCUCAGCUUUUGAAGAAUGAGUCCUUUUCUCUCACCUCCCCUUCUGUGUCUAUUCCUCACCCAUCGGAGAGUGAAGUGGAAAAUAACAGAAGAAAUAGAUUGCUGGACAUCAACUUGCCUUGUGAUACUGCAGCUCCUGACUUGGCCAGAAAGAACGUAGCAGAAAUUGUAGUGGUAGAAGACAGAAGGGAUAAACAGUUUGGUAAUUUCAGACAUCACAUUGACCUGAACUUCUGUAUCAGCGAAGAUGAAGCAUCUUUGAAACCUUCUGCUCCAAGAGGCAGUAUGAAGAUUGCAGUGGAGAUAGAUUUGGAAGCCCCCAUUUCUCCGGAGACUGAUGAUGAGGAUGAUGUCAUUCAUGGGGAAGCAUGUGCACAAAAGCAGAACAAGAUGUCUUUAGCAUUACCACAGAAAAAAACUGAACCUUCUCGAGAUGAGCUUGCAAGAGUAGCAGCAGAGGCAAUUGUUGCCAUUUCAUCAUGCGGUCCUCCUGAUCCUUUGGAUGAAUCCUCUUGCAAACUAGCAGAAGCAUCUUCAGUUGACCCUCUUAUGUGGUUUGUGGACGUAGUUUCUACAUGUGGGAAUGAUCUUGAGAACAAGUUUGACAUUGUUCUCAGGAGUGACGAUAGUGAAGGUAUUGAAGAAUCUUUAGUAGAAGAGUUUGAUUACUUUGAAUUCCUCACUUUGAAACUGAAGGAGACCAAGGAAGAAGAUUACAUGCCCAAGCCUUUGGUUCCGGAAAAUAUAAAGUUUGAAGAGUCAGGAACCAAUUUACUAUCAAAUACGCCCCGAAGGGGCCAGUCAAGGAGAGGGAGGCAGCGGCGGGACUUCCAAAGGGAUAUCCUUCCCGGCCUCGUUUCUUUGUCAAGGCAUGAGGUAACAGAAGAUAUCCAGACAUUUGGAGGGUUGAUGCGGGCAACAGGUCAUCCUUCAUGGCAAUCGGGGUUGGCAAGAAGGAACUCAACAAGAAAUGGUUGUGCUAGGGGCAGGCGACGAGCAGUGGCGAGUCCUUCACCCCCUAUGAUCACCAUCCCGGUUUGCACUCCACCAAUACAGCAGUUUAGUAAUACCGAAAUGGCACUGGAAGAUAGAAGCCUAACAGGUUGGGGUAAGACUACUAGAAGGCCCCGUAGGCAAAGAUGCGCGGCAGGUAAUCCUCCCUCUCUUCCUUUAACCUAAAAACUUGGGAAGAGACUUUUAACUUCUUGAUUGAGUUCUAUAGAGGAAAAUAGGGUGUUGUAUCCAUGGCUUCAGGUUGAGGUUGCCAUUCGGAUUAUUGCCCUAUCUGUACAUUUCUUGGCCCAAAGUUUGGGUUGGCUUGAUUUUUCUUUCUUUGGGUGGUUACCAUCUUUGUAUUAUUCUCAUAAAUAAUGUUGCAUGAUUUAUUCCCGGAUAGAUCCCAGUGUUCGUUUUUUCA